CUCCAUAUGGUCUUUUCAUCCACACUUACUUCUCCUUUCUGCUCUACAACAAAGAAGAGACCAACAGAUGGAAGAAAAGGCCUUUUUGUAGCUGCUAGAUCUCGUUUAUAAAUAUAUAGAGAGCGAAUAUAUUUAACACAGCCAUGUCUAGAUAUCAUAAAGCAGCCAUCGAUGGGUAUUUGGAUCUGUUGAAGGAAGCCACUAGGAAAGACUUGAACACGCCUGAUGAGGAUGGAAUGACGCCGACUCUCUGGGCCGCUUAUCAUGGCAGAUUAGAGGCUCUGCAACUCAUCUGCAGCAGGGGUGGCGAUCCCAACAGAAGCGACAUCUGGGGAAACACACCAUUACACCAUGCAGCCUCCAAUGGUCAUAUGCAUAUCCUGAGCUUCCUGGUUAAUUUCGGUGCCAACCUCUUUGCUAUGGAUAAUGAUUUCCACACGCCUAUGGAUGUUGCAGCAUCUCGGGAUCACAUGAACUGCGUCCGCUUCCUAGACAAUGCUGCUUCCCAGCAGACGAUGCAGAACCCCAAAAAUGUGGCAAAUUUGAAGAAACAAGCAGUCAAAGACGCAGAACGGAAGGUAAAGGAAUGUGAGAAGGUCAAAAAGAAGCACCAGAAUAAGAUGGACAAGAUGUAUGGUGGUGGCAGAGACUCUCUCUCUGAAGCCAGCACAGGUUCUAGCUCCAGCACAGGAACCACAAACAACUUAAAUCAGCUCCUUGCUACAACCAAAUUUGGGUCCAUUAAAGGAACUCUCCAACGCAAGUUUGGAAAGAAGGACACCGUGUCGAAAAAAGAGAACGGGACAGCAGAAAAGCCAGAAUUAGUGGAUGUGUUCAAUGAGCAGGAUGAGAAUGAAGAGGAUGACGAUGGAAUGGAAGGAUUUAGGGAUGAAGAUGAUGCUGAUGAUGAUGAUGCAGAUCAGGCAAAAGAAUCCCUGUUUAAGAGGCCAGGCCUUGGAAACAUGGUCUUCCGUAAGAACUUCUCCAUGGAAAUGGGAGUCGAACCAGACGAAUUUCCUCUUGGUGACACAGAGGACCUGGGUUUCCUGGUCCGCAAGGAGGUGUUUGAAGCAGAGGAGGCAGGUCUAGAUGAUCAGACAGAGGAGGAUUCGAAACUGCCUUGGAACCAGGAAGAGAUUGGAUUGGAUGAGGAUGAGGAGAGUUCACCCCUUCAUUCAUUCCUGACCUCUGUGAACUUACUAGACUUUGCCCCUGUGUUUAUCCGUGAGAAGUUGGACCUGGAGGCCCUCAUGCUAUGCUCAGAUGAUGAUCUAAAAAGCAUCCGAAUCCAGCUAGGGCCUCGCAAGAAGAUUCUGGAGGCAGCAGCUAGAAGAAAGGCUGCUCUGGAAUUACCUGGUGUAAUGAAGGACACCUUUCUGUAAUACCAAGUUGGCUGGGUAUUUCAAUAGACGCUUAGCUGAAUUUGUUCUUUCCAAGCACUACCUGUCACCUCAGUCAGCUUAGAACAUGAGCCUAAAAAAUAUAAAACAUUUUGGCUAUAUUGCAAACCAAAGAGUCUUCAUCAUCUACUCAGUGUCUUUAACAAAUACAUUAUUGUGCAUAUGUUUGUUCCAUUAUAUCUUGCUUGCAAAUAAA